UUUUAAUUUUAAAAACAAAUUUUUAAAAAUGGCAAAAAAAUUAAAGAGAAAUUUUGGGGGGUGGUAUAAAGUAUAAAGAAAGAAGCAAGAAUGUCGAGAAAUUCACCAUUAUCCGGCUCUGGAAAAGCGUCCAUUACUGCACAGUAUUUAAGAGGCGUCCAGGCGGUGAUAGUUCAGCAAGGUUUAGGCAAAACCAGGGCUUCAAUUUUGUCCAAACAACUUGCUCGCCAUGGCGGAAAGGAGUCUUCGAAAUUAAACCAGGAUACAACGCAUAUUUUGGUCGGAAACUCUGUAAAAUUAUCGAGGUUGCCAGCUCUUUUAAAAGUUAAAGAAAUAAGCCAGAAUACUGCCGUUGUUCGGGCUGAUUGGUUGAGUUCCUGUUUGAAGGUGGGCAAGCUAGUUGAUUUGGGUCCAUUUGCUUUGAACGGCAACGAGGUUUGUCAAACAGAGGGAGGUACUAGUAACGUGGAGGAUAUUACAAAAAGUUUGUCGGGAAAUACGAAGGGAAAACGCAGUAUAGAUGCCAUUGAUGAUCUACCCUCAGUACCAUGCAAAACUGGUGAUGGAACUUCUCCAGGAUCAUCUGAACGUGACAUUCCAACAACUUCACAGGAUGUCAGUGUUGCCAAGCGUAGGAAAAUCGCAUUAGAUGAUGAUGAUGAUAGUGAUUAUGUUGAUAGCGAUGAUGAUACUGAAGAGGAUGGAACAGACAGUGCUAAGGAUGGCGAAGAAAAACCAACUGAAAUUUCUCCACAUAUAUCACCUCAUAAAAAGGGUGAUAAAUGGAUCUGCACCAAACCAUCAACGUCCAAACAAGAAAAUUUAAAUCAAAAUAUCACAGAAAAACUUGAGGUCUUAGAAAGGGUUUACAAGAACAGCAAUGAUCAAUGGAGAGCACUUGGUUACAAGAAAGCGAUUGCUUCAAUAAAAGACUUUCCAAAGAAAAUUGAAACAUUAGAGGAAUGCAAAGGCCUGCCAUUUGUUGGAGAGCGUCUUGCUAAUAAGAUCUGGGAGAUUGUUCAAACCGGUCAUCUUCGGAGGUUGGAAAAUUUGGAUCCAAAGACGAAUUCUGUGGAUUUGUUUUGUAAUCUCUGGGGUGCAGGGCCCAAGACUGCAGAGACCUGGGUAGCAAAGGGACUCAAAACUCUGGACGAUCUGAAGGAACAUGGAAAUCUGAAUCGUCAACAACAGAUAGGACUGAAAUACUAUGACGAGUUCUUGGAACGGAUGCCUCGAAGCGAGGCUGAAGAGAUUGGUAAUGUUGUGAUGAAGGCAGCCCACGACCUCGACCCAGAUCUCCAGUGCGUGAUAUGCGGCUCAUUUCGACGUGGUCGGACAACAUGUGGUGACGUGGAUGUCCUGGUGUCUCAUCCUGACGGCAGAUCGCACCUUGGGGUCAUGGGCCGCCUCUUGGAGAAACUGAGGGAGAAUGGAUUUCUCACCGACGAUUUGUCUCUGACGGACAAUCAGAAACAGAGGAAAUACUUCGGCGUGUGUUUAUUACCCGGUGAGGAUCGCAAGCAUCGUCGUCUGGACAUAAUUGUGGUUCCUUACUCCGAAUGGAUUUGCUCCUUGAUAUAUUUCACUGGAUCAGAUUACUUGAACAGAUCCAUGCGUUUAUUGGCUAGGAAAAAGGGUAUGUCCUUAUCCGAGCACUCACUCAAUACUGGUGUAAUAAGAAAGGGUCAAGAGCGUUUGACGGAAGGCACGCCUUUGACCGUCGCUCAUGAAAAAGACGUUUUUAAGUAUCUGGGUUUAGACUACCUUGAACCUCACGAAAGGGAUUGGUGAGACAGAAAUCCAAUGGGCGAUUUUUAACUAUAACAAGGAGGAAUUUCGUUUUAGACCAAUCAGCAAGUUUGUUUACAUUUUCAGUGACCC